UCAUCUCGUCUAUUUUCCUCAUUGUUCUUCGUGCAGGCGGCUAUGUAUAAAGCACUGUUUAGAAUCCAUUUGGCCCACUUUAGUAGACUUUUGGGAGAAUUCCUCUCUAUCGGUUACGUUAAAUAGAACCACAAGGAAGCCGUGUUGCCAGAAGUGUUGACAUCAAUCAGCUACUCGAUUGGUGUAGCACGAUCACGUGUCGAACCGUGCCACCUCUCGCGCACCAAAAUUUUAUUUCGCCCCGAAGACGCUAGUUCUUUAUAAAAUACAUCGAUAUAAAAAACGGGCAGGAUAUUUUGCGACGAACUUUUUGCUGUAAGUUUAACGUAACUCGUUCUUAUUUAUGAAGUUGAGAUCGUGUAGUUCCCAGACGUCGGAGCGAGAUGAAACGAUAAUCGGGUUCACCUUAUGGCCUACAUAGCAAUCCUUCCGUUAAGUGUAUACAGAGAAACAUGGGGUGACGCCAUUUACUGACACUGGUCGACUUUAAUUGUGGUAAGAUAAAGACGGCUUCACAGACGAGGCAAUGUUAACAUCUGGCAGCUAACAACAGCGUUCACUUGCGUUGUUGUGGCUAAAUAAGUUAGCCGGAUUGCUGUCUGUCAAAACACCCAGUCCGUGGGAACGAACCUUAACUAAUGGCGUCAACGCUGCUGAGGCACAGUGUAACAGCAUGGACUUGCCGGUGCUGCAAAUGUUGCAACAGCUCAUCAUUUGGACACUGCUUGCUUACAGUCUUGCGGAGAUGGACCCAUAACCUCAAUGCAUCGUGCCACGUGAAAUCACGUACAUCGCACACCACACUGCAGUUUGCACCAGGAUAGAGACAUUGACCGGGCUAGACAUGUUUGCCAAGCUAAAGAACAAGCUCGCUGAGGAAGCAGCUAUGGCACCUCGCAGUGGUGUUCGUAUUCCACGCACCAUCAGCAAGGAAUCCAUCACCUCAGUAGGGGCAGACUCAGGCAAUGACUUUGCAUCUGAUGGCAGCAGCUCAAGGGACAACUUACUAGCUCAGAUCCUAAGAAGAAAUAGUCAGAUCUGGAAGUUGGAAGCCAAGUUGUCAGGUUGGAAACAUCCAACUGAAGCUGCUGUCAGCCCAAAUGAGUUAUCACAUUAUUCAUUGGUCCCAUUAUCUUUUCACAAGACAACGGGAUCAAAAUAUAAUCAGAAACUUCAGGAACAGAAUGAGUCUCACCAGGCUGGCAGAGCCAAAAUGGCAGAGGGAAUGACUUUGGCUCUGGAAAAGAAGGAUGAGGAGUGGAUGGAGAAGUUUGCUCUUGUGGAAAAGGAGAAAAAUAAGCUGUCAACCAAACUACAGAACAUGAUGGAGCAAAGUGCAACACUCCUCCAGAAAUGGGAUGACCUGGACAAACUAGAAGGUUUUCAGCAGCAGGAGCUGGCCAAAGUCAAACACAUAUUGCUGAUAAAUGCUGUCAGAAGGAAGAAGUCAACUCGGCAAAGAGAGGAAUGUUCGAGACCCAAGGGAAACUCCGACUCAUAGAAGAAGAGCACAAGGAGAGCUGCAGACUCAACUCUGAACUUGAAAUAGAGCGAGGGGAUCUCCUGUUUCUCAAAGAGAAGGCGGACAAGAAGGUUGGUGAGCUGGAAGGAUGUUGUCAGGACCUCCAGUCUGUCAUCCAGCAGGUGUUGGAAGACUUUCAGAAGUGAGCCUCUCCCUAACAGUGGACAUGUCCUGCUGUGUCCUCUUCAGAGACCGAACCUGCUCUUCAACCUAUCAGUAUCCAAAGAAGAAAAUGCUAUGGACGAGUCGCCUUUGUGACGGAGAAGAGUCUGCAGCUCAGUGAUACUGCAACUCAUUUUAGAAACCUACACAAAAGACCCAUAUGAUGAACUGGGAAUCAAUAACAAUAAGGACACUGUUGUUUUAUUCACCUGAAGUUUAGUAACCAUCUAAAUAUCUGCCUAAUGAAUUAAAUGUGGGGAGAAAAAUGUUUAGUUGAAGUUGUUAGUUACCUGUGCCUCUAGAGAGCUGACUAUAUCAGUAUGGUUCAUUCGAAUAGACAGCAGCUCCGCUCGGAUCUCAUGCAGACUCUGCUCCAGACUGGACUUCUAAAAAAAUAAAGGGAAGAGUUGAUAGAAGUGUGUAGCGUUUUCAUCAAAACUUCCAUCUAUCUGUUGUUAUUCAAAAACAAAUUAAAGAAUAUGCAUCUUUUAUGUCAGACAGUACUUGCAACCACUGAUAGAACAGAUUUUUUUGAUGAUCUUCCUAUAUUCAUUGAGAUUGGAUGCUAAAAAGUAAAAAUUAAAACUUAAUAAAAAUUUAAUAUUUAGAAAAAACUAAACUACACUUAUUUCCAUUUCACACAUUCUUUACCUCCUGGAGAUGUUCAUCCUGACUCAGGUUGCCUCGAAGUUGUCUCUCUAGCGAGGUCACUUCCUUAUGAAGCACCACCAACAAGCGCCCCUUCUCCUCCUCUGUCACUGCAGCCUGGCCAUUCCAGACAGGACAAGUU